UUCGCCGUCGCAGCAACCUCCAGGAGCGAGCAGCGGGCGCCCACGGGAGCCGUCAGCGUCGCCCCGGGUGCAUCGCGCGCACCGCGGCCAUGGGCGGCUCGGCCUCCAGCCUGCUGGACGAGGGCAAGUGCACCUACAUCCGAGGGAAAACUGAGGCUACCAUCAAAAACUUCAGUCCCUUCUAUAGUCGUCAGUACUCUGUGGCCUUCUGCAAUCAUGUUCGCAGUGAAGUGGAACAGCAAAGAGAUUUAACAUCACAAUUUUUGAAGACCAAGCCACCACUGGAGCCUGGAACUGUUCUGUAUGAAGCAGAGCUAUCACAGUUUGCCGAAGACAUAAAGAAGUGGAAGGAGCGGUACAUUGUGGUUAAAAAUGAUUUUGCUGUGGAGAGCUAUGAGAACAAAGAGGCCUAUCAGAGAGGAGCAGCUCCUAAAAGCCGAAUUCUUCCAGCUGGUGGCAGGGUGUUAACCUCAGAAGAUGAAUAUAAUUUGUUAUCUGAUCGGUUUUUCCCAGACCCUAUUGCAUCCAGUGAGAAGGAGAACGCUCAGCCCUUUGUGGUCGUGCCUAAGGAAUUCCCGGUGUACCUGUGGCAGCCGUUCCUCAGACACGGCUACUUCUGCUUCCACGAGGCCGCCGAGCAGAAGAAGUUCAGUGCUCUCCUGAGUGACUGCAUCAGACAUCUCAAUCACGAUUACAUGAAGCAGACGACGUUUGAAGCCCAAGCCUUUCUAGAAGCUGUGCAGUUCUUCCGGCAGGAGAAGGGACACUAUGGCUCGUGGGAAAUGAUCACUGGGGAUGAAGUCCAGAUCCUAAGUAACCUGGUGAUGGAGGAGCUCCUGCCAACCCUUCAGACAGACCUUUUGCCCAAAAUGAAGGGGAAGAAGAACGACAGAAAGAGGGCCUGGCUUGGUCUCCUUGAGGAGGCCUACAAACUGGUUCGGCAUCAGGUUUCAGAAGGAUUAAGUGCCUUGAAGGAGGAAUGCAGAACUCUGACGAAGAACCUAGAAGGAACCAUCCGUUCAGACAUGGAUCAGAUCGUGAACUCAAAGAACUUCUUAAUUGGAAAGAUCAAAGCAAUGGUGGCCGAGCCAGCAGAGAGAAGCUGUGCGGAGAGUGUUCAACCAUUCUUGGCGUCCAUCCUGGAGGAGCUCAUGGGGCCGGUGAGCUCAGGAUUCAGUGAAGUACGCUCACUCUUUGAAAAAGAAGUGGAUGAACUUACCCAGAACUUUCAGACCACCAAAGACAACGCCCAGCUAAAAGAGCAUCUAGACCGGCUUAUGAAUCUUCCACUGGAUUCUGUGAAGAUGGAACCUUGUUAUAUAAAAGUCAACCUGCUCCAGGAACGCCUGCAGGAUCUCAAGAGCCGCUUCAGAUUCCCCCACGUCGAUCUGGUGGUCCAGAGGACCCAGAACUACAUGCAAGAGUUAAUGGAGAAUGCAGUAUUCACUUUCGAGCAAUUGCUUUCCCCACACCUCCAAGGAGAGGCAUCCAGAACUGCGAUCGCCAUUGAGAAGGUUAAGCUCCGAGUCUUAAAGCAAUAUGAUUAUGACAGCAGCACCAUCAGGAAGAGGAUAUUUCAAGAGGCACUGGUUCAAAUCACACUUCCCACCGUGCAGAAGGCACUGGCAUCCACAUGCAAACCAGAGCUCCAGAAAUACGAGCAGUUCAUUUUUGCAGAUCACACCAAUAUGAUUCACGUUGAAAAUGUCUAUGAGGAGAUUUUACAUCAGAGCCUCCUUGACGAAACCCUGAAAGUGAUAAAGGAAGCUGCUAUCCUGAAGAAACACAACUUAUUUGAAGACAACAUGGCCUUGCCCAGUGAAAGCGUGUCCAGCUUAACUGAUCUAAAAACCCCUGCAGGGUCAAACCAGGCCAGCCCUGCCAGGAGAGCCUCAGCCAUUCUGCCAGGAGUUUCAGAUAGUGAGUCCCUGAGUAAUGAAGUAUUCCAGGAGUCAGGGGAAAAGAAGCAGCCUGGGGUCCCUAGUCCGUUGGCCAAAGAAGAAAGCCUUUCUCUUCCUGUACCCGACCCUCCCCCGGGUGAGAAUGGACAGGUGAUUAUUGCAGGCAUGGAUGGCCCUGUCGUAGAUCUUGUGGCUGCAGAGGACACGGCAGGAGCCCUGGGCACGUGCUCACCAGAGCUGGAGUUUGGAGGGGCUCCUGAGGGUGGAGAGCCCACUUGCGAAAAGCCAGAAUCCAGCUCUGCCUCAGGCUCCUUAAAGGAGCUCAGAAAUUUGUUGACAGUGACCGUUGAGGUACCAGUGGAAUCUGCCACCCUUGAGAUUGAAAAAGAUACAAACGAGGAGACCCUUGUUCCCCAAGAAAUUGAAAAAUUAGAGGAAACGACUCAGACCUACACAGAGGCCGGUCCAGCAGCUGCCUCCAGCCAACACAGCUGUGAAGAGAAUGAAGUCAGUGAGAGGGAGGCCCAUUCUCCCCCUCCGGAGGCGGAGGCUGGCAGGGUGGAGUUGGGGGGAUUUCUGGAGGCUCAGCUGAUCUGUGAAGGGCUCACCCAGGGUGACAGCCGCCCAGACCCCACAGAGCAGCAAGCAGAGGCCGGGGAGCCCGCUGAGAGCGAGCUCACAGGCAGGGCUUCCAGACUGGAGGCCCAGGCUGUAUCCACUGUGGAGGGUGAGGCCGGGCAGCAAGAAGAUUGCAUUUCCAGGGCUGACCACACGUGCCCCAGUGAGAGCCAGGUUUCUGUGGAAGAAGCGGUGGGAGGGAAUAGCAGCAUGGCCCAGGCUGCUGCCAGUGUGGAGACAGAGCAGAUUCAGGCUGCUGGUGUUCAUGAGUGUCAGUGGGUGGUGGAGAAUGUUCCAAACAUCGAUCUGCUAGAUUCACAAGACGUCGGGGAGAGUACCCUAGGGCGACCCUCAGAAGAGUGAAAGGGGCAAUUUGGCAUAAGUAUUUCUUUGCACAAACUCAGCCAGAGGUUAAUGGUUAUGGGUAUGCUUAGGGGUUACACGCAAGUUGUUACCAUAAAAAGCAAACAAACAAAAAAACAAAAUUAAGUACUUAGUGUGUGUGAUGAAACCAGAGGAUAUGCACACCGGGCAUGUGCACUGAGGCAGACCUUUGUGGAAUUGAACAGUUCUACCAUGAAUUACUGCGUUAGCAUUUUAAUAGGAAUUACAAAGUAAUGGAGUGUUUGGGGUGAAAGGCAGCUGAGGGUGUCUAAGGGAAGCAGUGGUGUUCCAGCAAAGAUGAAGAAAACAGUGGGAGCACGGUUGCCAAUACACUGCACAUUUUCCUCUAAUGCACUUUAAGGCUUUUUAAUUUUGGGUAAGAAUGCAAAUGUGUAUUGUAAAUCCAGCUUCACCGUCUACUAUCCCCACUUCACUGUCCCUGAAGGACUCAGCAUUCAUCCACAGUCAGACCACAGGAAAGGGUAGGUGGCGAGCACUGGUCACCCUGCUGUGGGCAGUCCUACAGUGCCUGAGACGUUAUGCCUGAGAGAGCCCAUGGGGAGCUGAGCAGAAACAGAGGAACGUUGUGGUCUGUGGGACUGUCUGAGCCUGUUACUAAUUCCGCUAUCAAUGUCUUGUUAAUUAAUCGUGUUGAUUCUUAUUAAUUAAUCACCUUUUGGGGAAAUUCAGAUGAGGCAAGAAAAUUUCCUUGGCAUGUGUAAGCCUGAAAGCAUUCCAAAUUAGUCUUAGAAUGUGCAGAGAGAGCUUAGCUAAUUACCGAGUGUAAAAGACUACCAAUUAAACAAGCAUUAUUUGAAAGCUACUGUAUGCCACGUGCUGUGCUAGGCAUAGUAAUAACAAAAAAGAAGAAGAAAAGAUAAAGGUGCUUUGUCUAGCAUAAAUUAAAAGGCCUAUGGGAAUUUAAAGAAAAAAAAUAUGUCCAUCUUCAAACCAUGACAACUUUCUGUCUAUCCAUUCAGCAGUCCUGGUUCAUUCCCAGAGGGGGAAUAAGGUGAAUAAAUGGGGAAGGAAGGAAGAAAGGA